UGUGGUUGUCAUGUCAGUUGUCAAUCGGUAAUCAUGGCGGCUGUGCUGCUGUCAAAUACAAAAUUCCCUAAUAUUAUUAAAAAUCAUGUUAGAUUUAGGAAUUCAUUAUCGAGUAAUAAAUUGGUAAUUUUAAAUAAACCACAGUUCAAUUUAAUAUGUAAACAAUAUGCGGUUACAAGUCAUUUCAGAUUGCACAGCACGCAACCACCAAGCAAUGCUGGAGGCUCAGACGCGGCUAAAAACGUAUUGGCAGUGGUGUUGGCAAACAAACCAAAAGCUGGAAAAAUUCCAGUUGGUAUCCAAAAGAGAGACUGCUUUCACCCAGGUGCCUCUGUUUUGUCCCGAGAAGACAUAAACCUGGAGGAUGCAAAGCCGGUGUCCGGUGCUGAUAUGAUCAGGGGCAUGCUGGCGUACAUAUGGCCUCAGGACAACCCCGCAAUCCGCAACCGAGUGAUGCUGUCCCUGUCCCUCCUCUUCGGUGCGAAGAUAAUGAAUGUUACCGUCCCUUUCCUGUUCAAAUACGCCGUGGACGAAGUGAACACGGUCACGGCGACGUCUGGAGACGCCUUAUUGGGGAUGGCGACCGUUCCACAGGCAUUGGGAACUACCGCUUUUAGUUUACUUCUUGGAUACGGCAUAGCCCGAGCAACAGCAGCCGGCUUCAACGAGCUAAGGAACGCCGUGUUCGCGCGCGUAGCCCAGCACUCCAUCCGCCGCCUCGCCUGCAACGUGUUCAUGCACAUACACAACCUGGAUCUUAGCUUCCAUCUGGGACGGCAGACCGGCGCUCUUUCCAAGACGAUAGACCGCGGCUCGCGCGCCAUCAACUUCGUCCUUUCAGCCAUGGUGUUUAACAUUGUGCCGACUAUCUUCGAGCUGACGUUGGUGUCUUCAAUUCUGGGACUGAAAGGGGGCUUGGCGUUCACAGGUCUCGCAUUCGGCUGCGUCGGCGUGUACGCAGCGUUCACGCUCGCGAUCACGCAGUGGCGCACGAAGUUCCGCGUGCACAUGAAUAAAGCUGAGAACGAGGCCGGGAACAAGGCCAUCGACUCGCUCAUCAACUACGAGACUGUCAAGUACUUCAACAACGAAAAAUACGAACUUGAGAAAUACGACAAGAGCCUUCAAAAGUACGAGGCCGCGUCGCUGAAGACGGCCUCGAGCCUCGCGGCGCUCAACUUCGGCCAACACGCUAUAUUCAGCGGCGGACUCAGCUUGAUCAUGAUAUUGGCUGCCAACGAGAUUGUUAAAGGCAACAUGACGGUGGGCGACCUGGUGAUGGUGAACGGGCUGCUGUUCCAGCUGUCCAUCCCGCUCGGCUUCCUCGGCUCGGUGUACCGCGAGGUGCGGCAGGCGCUCAUCGAUAUGCAGACCAUGUUCACGCUCAUGACCGUAGAAUCCAGAAUUAAGGAGAAAACCACAGCCGUUCCCCUCAAAGUAGACCAGAAGACAGCCACCAUCGAAUUCAAAGACGUCAGUUUCAAGUACAUAAAUGGAAAGCCGAUAUUCAACAAUUUGAGCUUCACCAUCCCCGCCGGCAAGAAGAUUGGUAUCGUUGGAGGCUCAGGGAGUGGUAAAUCAACGAUGGUUCGCCUACUGUUCCGGUUCUUCGAGCCGCAGUCGGGAGAGAUUCUCGUGGCCGGCCAGAACAUACGCGACGUCGACCUGGCCAGCUUGAGGAGGGCCGUAGCCAUCGUGCCACAGGACUGCGUGUUGUUCCACGACACGAUUUUGCAUAACCUACACUAUGGCGACCUGUCGCGGCCGGUAGAGGAAGUUUACAAGGCGAGCCAGAUGGCCGAGCUGCACGAGUCCGUUAAAACGUGGCCCAAGGGCUACGAAACACAAGUGGGCGAGCGCGGACUGAAAUUAUCCGGAGGAGAAAAACAGCGAGUCGCCAUCGCCCGAGCGAUACUCAAGGACUCGCCUAUAAUAGUGUUCGAUGAGGCCACAUCCAGUCUUGACUCGCUUACUGAACAUGCUAUUCUACAAGCCCUCAAAGCGGCCACAAUAGGCCGCACCUCCAUCUGCAUAGCGCACCGUCUCUCCACCGUCGCGGACGCCGACGAAAUACUAGUGCUGGAAAACGGCAAUAUAACAGAUAGAGGGAAACACGACGAUCUUAUAGCCAAGAGUGGAUCGCUCUACGCAAGGCUGUGGGAGAAGCAAAACAGAGAAAUCAAAUGAUUCAAGGGCAUGAGAGUAUAGACAAUACAGCGUUGUGCUUACCAAGUACCUAUAGUUUGGCAAGCCGUUUCCGUCAGUAGAAAAAGGCAUAUUUAAAAAUAAUAGGCGUGACGGGUUGUCCUAUCAUAGAAUUUAUAAUUGCGCGCCUUUUUUCUACUGGGUAAAGUGGGUUUGUCAGAGUAUAAUAUACAGCCAGAUGUAUUCCAAUCAUAGACACAAGGAACGAUUCCUUUGACUAUGGUUUUGACGAAUUCAUAUGAUAAUUUUAACUUGAGGUAAUCCUUUGUAAAACUUAUUCAAGAAAUAAAAGGAUUACAAUAGCUGAAGAAAUGUAUCCUGCUUUUGUGUAUAUUAUUAUUAUUUUUUAAUGUACCUAUACAACCUUCAACAUAUGACGAUGCUCUAGUCUUGAUAUGGUCACGGUCUUUAAUUGCCAGCCAUUUGUGGCUUUCCAUUUCCAGUAGAGGUUCCUUAUGCUUCAUGUGCAAUAAGGAACUUUUUGUCAUAAUUUCUGUUGGAAAGGACCGUCAUGCACAUAAAGCAUAAGGACCCUUCUUGUGAUGGAAAGCCACAUUGUAGUUGAAGCUAAAUUGUUCCAUAUUACCGCCGUGUGAUAUAAUGUUAGCAAAAAGUGAACCCUCAGUGUCUUAUCAACUGUUCGAAAAAAUCGUUCUCUCAAAUUAACGAUAAGAGGAAACGAUUUUUUUAGUUCCCAAACAUCAAUGAUCGACAUGUUUUUUUUAACGAUGGCAGCGCCAUCUGCUAUGUCCUUUGCGCGUCUUUCUUAAUUAACUAUGAUUUAUUUGUAAUUAAGAACUUACAAGUAUGUGCCUGGUGCACACAUGUUAAACAUUUUACAGAUGUAUUAUUUCACAAGUAUGUGUUGUUUCCAAUGUAUAUUUUGUAAAUGUUCUGAUUUUAGACUAUGGAAAAAAAUCCAACUAAGACAAGAUUUAAAUGUGUCAAUGUAAACCAACGAAAGUUACACGUUAUUAAGUGUUAUUUGACUGUUGUAUUGUAAAAUUUAGACCAUAAAACACGUCGUUGAGUAUUUGUACAGUUGAUUAAGUAUAUUAUUUUGUUUACAAA